AGCUACCAACCGUUUGCGAUCGACAGAGCAACAAUGGAAGCACAAUGGAGAGAGAAAAAGCUUUACCCUUUACUGGGCAUACUUUUACUUUCAAUCUUUCUCUACUUCAACUUUGGCGACAAUCCCAUCACUCUCCCAAUUCUAUGGCAAUCCCAGAUGGGUUUUGUAUCUGCAAACUCCACCCAUUUCAUCAUCGUCAACGACGUCGCGACCGCGGAGAACCAGUCAGCGUUCUACGUCAACGGCUGGAACUCUUAUUGGCUAAUGCAGGAGAGCGUGUGGGCUGGUCCGUCGAGGUCGAGGGUGUCGAAGAUGCUCAAGAGAGGGGCAGAAAUGGGGUUGACUGUUUGCAGAACUUGGGCUUUCAACGACGGGCAUGGGCCCAAUGCAUUGCAGAUAUCUCCCGGUGUCUUUAACGAAAGAGUCUUUCGGGGAUUGGAUUAUGUGAUUGUUGAAGCAAGGAAGCAUGGGAUUAGGUUGAUACUUAGUUUGGUGAAUAAUUUAAAUAACUUUGGUGGGAAAGCUCAGUAUGUGAGAUGGGCACAAGAAGCUGGAAAUAAUGUUUCUUCUUCAACUGAUUCAUUUUUUUCAGACCCAACGAUUAAAGAUUACUACAAGGCUUAUGUCAAGGCUAUUUUGACUAGAAAGAAUUCCUUCAGUGGUGUUAAGUAUGUUGACGAACCAUCAAUAUUUGCUUGGGAGCUGAUGAAUGAACCUCGGUGUGCAUCCAAUUCCUCUGCUCACAGUCUUCAGGCUUGGCUUACCGAGAUGGCUGCGUUCGUCAAGAGUCUGGAUCAAAAACAUUUAGUUACUGUUGGACUUGAGGGCUUUUAUGGCCUCAAUACAACUAAGGGACUGGAAGUAAAUCCCGGGGAGUGGGCAGCCUCACUUGGAUCGGACUUUAUAUGGAACUCGGCAAUUAAGAACAUUGACUUUGCUUCAGUUCAUGCAUACCCUGACAGCUGGAUACCCCAUCAUGAUAUGGGAGCAAAGGCUCUUUUUCUUUCCCGGUGGGUGGAUUCUCAUAUAAGUGAUGGGGAUCAGGUUCUUAAAAAACCGGUUCUCUUCACAGAAGUUGGAUCUUUGGUGAAUGCAAACAACCAAGGAAUAGCUGAAAAGGAUAUCCUUUUAAAGACCGUGUACGAUAAAAUCUACGAGUCGGCAAAGAAGAGACAAGCCGGGGCUGGGGCCUUAAUUUGGCAAUUACUAGUCGAAGGAGUGGAGGGAUACGGUGAUAGAUUUUCCUUUGUAGCAUGGGAUAAUCCAUCCACCUACAAACUGAUACUAAAGCAAUCAUGUAGGCUUCAAAGCAUUUUCGGGAAGAGCACUGAUAGCCGGAAACUCAACAAGGAUCUAUGCUCGGGUCGACAGCCUUGACAACAGUUGAUUGAAGGCUAGGAAAUGAAACAUUUAGAUUCAUUCAUUCAAGCAAUGUGUGUGUAGAAAAUCAAUUCUUUGCUAGUUAGUUGCCAUGCUUGCUGGUGUUUUU